CACGAAUCACUCAUGAACAUCAAACGUGAAACCGUGAAACAGAUCUGACAAGUACAUAUCAGUAUCUGCAAAUUGACGAUAACAAAUUACGUUGCAUUAUAGUCACGCAACUUUAGAAACAUAAUUGAAUUACGAUGAGCUCACAAAAAGGCAACGCGGCACGUUCCAGGCCACAAAAGUACCAGAAUAGGCAUGCUUUUAAAAAUAAUCUCCACGACACUAGUCACAAAACUAAGUUCAUUAAUGGUAUAGAUGUGGCGAAUGUAUGCGAACGUUGCAAACAAAUAAUCGAAUGGAAGAUUAAAUAUAAAAAGUACAAGCCUCUGAAGGCACCCUCCAAAUGUGUCAAAUGCGAGCAGAAAACUGUCAAACACGCUUAUCACAUAAUGUGUGGCCCUUGCGCGAAGAAAAACGAAGUUUGUCCUAAAUGCGGAAUCAAGACUGAACUUAUUCCCGGUAAACCAACAGUUGAAGAACAAGUCAAACUGGACACAGAGUUACAAGUUAUGCUGAAAGCUCUGCCCGAAAGAAAAAGGAGAACGUUUAUUCGCUACAUGAAUCGAAAAGGUAAACCACAAGGAGACAACAAUGAAUCAUCAAAAUCGGAAGAAGGAUUGGCAGAAGAACAUUUGGAAAAUGUUGCGGAGCAGCCUAGAACUCGAGAAGAGUUAUUCGAAAAGUUAAAAUCGCUAAAAGUUUCGAACAACGAAGAGGAUGAGAUGAGUGAUUUCGAAGACGACGAACUGAGUUCAGAAGACGAUUGAAUG